CAUUUCUUCACACUGCAAUAGGUUGGGUUGGUGGAAUCAGGGCUGGAUCUCUUUUCCAUAGCCCCCAAACUUUGAGAGAACUUGUUAGUGGGGAGUGCCUAAAAUUUGCACAGUUGCAGUGAUAGUAAGGUAAAAGAAGUUUAUCUAAAGCCUGCUUCCAAGUGGAAAAUGGCUUCGAGAUGAGGGAUUGGUGGCGGUAGUGGUUAUUGGCUUUACAUGGUUGAAAAACUAGCUGGAGGUUUCUAUGUUUGGCGACCAUUAGCAUGCGGGUUAGAAAAGCAUUGUUUCCAUACUACCUUACUGAACCCUUUGUGACUCAACAAAUGGCUUAGAUUCUCGUUGGACCUUUUCGAGCACUACAGAUCGAUUAAAUCUCAUCCACCGAAAUCGAAAUGAAAAAAAAAAGAAAGAAAAAACCAAAACAUCACAUACAUUUGAUCCAAAUGGCCCAAUGUACUUCAACGGCUUGUACCAUUUGUUCUACCAAUACAACCCCAAGGGCUCAGUCUGGGGAAACAUCGUAUGGGCCCACUCAGUAUCCAAGGACCUCAUCAACUGGCAGGCCCUGGAGCCCGCAAUCGAGGCCACGAAGCCCUUCGACAUCAAAGGCUGCUGGUCCGGAUCCGCCACCAUCCUCCCGGGCAACAAGCCCGUCAUCCUCUACACGGGUGUCGACAAACACAACCGCCAGGUCCAAGACUACGCCGUCCCCACGAACCUCUCCGACCCUUACCUCCGGUCCUGGGUCAAACCCAGCAAGGGGAACCCGUUCAUCGACCCGGACCGGUCCGUCAAUGCCAGCGCCUUCCGCGACCCGACCACCGCCUGGUUCGUCAACGGCGAGUGGCACACCGUGGUCGGGAGCAAGCGUGACAUGGUCGGGGUCGCUUACCUGUACACGAGCAAGGACUUCAAGAAGUGGGUUAGGGCGAAAGAGCCGCUCCACUCGGCUCGGGGAACCGGGAUGUGGGAGUGCCCCGAUUUCUACCCGGUUUCGCCCACUGGGCGGAGGGGCCUGGACACAUCAGCGUUGGGGAAGGAAGUGAAGCACGUGUUUAAAGUCAGCUUGGACUUGACGAGGUUCGAUUACUACACGAUCGGAGUGUACGACAAGGAGAAGGAGAAGUAUGUUCCGGAUUUGGGCUCGGUGGACAGUUGGGCCGGGCUCCGGUACGACUACGGUAACUUCUAUGCUUCUAAAUCGUUCUUCGACUACAAGAAGCACCGCAGGGUUUUGUGGGGUUGGGCCAACGAGUCCGAUGGCGAGGCCCGUGAUAAGGAUAAGGGUUGGGCAGGAAUUCAGCUGAUCCCAAGAAAGGUGUGGCUGGAUCCAAGUGGGAAGCAACUGUUGCAGUGGCCGAUUAAAGAGCUGGAGAUGCUUAGAAGUCCUGACCCACGAAAAUUGAACUCCAAAGUUUUGAAGCAUGGACGGCACGUUGAAGUGGACGGAAUCACUGGUGCCCAGGCUGACGUGGAGGUCACCUUCUCAUUCCGGAGCCUCGACAGAGCUGAGCCCUUCGAUCCCAAAUGGGCCGACCUUCCGGCCCAAGACGUCUGUCAUCAGAAGGGCUCGACCGUUCCAGGUGGGCUUGGGCCGUUUGGGCUGCUCACCGUAGCCUCCGAGAAGCUCGAGGAGUUCACGCCGGUCAUGUUCAGGGUGUUCAAGAAAGGCGGCAAGCACGUCGUUCUCUUCUGCUCCGAUGCCACCAGUUCUAGCCUGGCUAAGGGGCUGUACAAGCCGUCGUUUGCUGGAUAUGUGGACGUUGACGUGUCUAAAACUAAGAAGAUUUCCCUGAGGAGCUUGAUUGAUCAUUCGGUGGUGGAGAGCUUCGCGGAAGGAGGGAAAACGGUGAUAACGUCGAGGGUUUAUCCGACGCUGGCAACAGGUACAAAAGCCCGUCUCUUCUUGUUCAACAACGGGACGGAGGAGAUCGAGGUCGACAAACUCACGGCAUGGAACAUGGGGAAGCCAGUCAUGAACGUGCCUUUGAAUAAGGGAGCAUCCAUUAAUUAACUCGGAGCUUUGAUGGAAUUAGCAUAAUCCGCUAAGUAUAUGACAGAGGGCAGCCCAGGGUUAAGCAAUGGGGAUCGAUCGAUAUAAUAAGGUAACAUGUAUAACUAUUAACUAAUCAGAUAAAAGAGUUCAUCAGUAGGGGAAAUAACGUGACGAAAUUGAUCCGAAGAUGUUUGGUUGUGCUUAGUAAUUAGUAGGAGUCAUGGAUUAAGACAAUUAAGUACGUAUAUGUCGUAUUAGUUGUUUGCAUGUUUUUGUUGUUGUUAUGUUAUAUAUAGUACAGUGCAAGACUUGUUGCCUGUACCUUGAUGUUAUCCUUUCCCACAAUUUGGGGGAGGUCCAAACCGAUUAAACCGAAUCGGAUUAUUCUG